GGAGGAAACAAAAAGCCAUAAUUAUUAAAACUCGAAGUACUCCUAAGAAUAUAACAAUAUCAACAAUCAACCAUAAUAACUACCACACCCAUAUUUCAAUAGAAAUUUUAACUAAUAAUAAAAGGAUAGGAAAGUAUAUUCUAAUCAAAUGGGGACAGGAACCAAGUACCCUUCUAUCUAACAAAACAGACUUCAAACUGAAAUUAAUCCAAAGAGAAAAACACUUCAUGCUAAUUAGGUUAUUUAAUUAAAUAAUUAAUUAAACUAGUUAAAGUUAAUCAAGAAGUCCUUAUUAUCCUAAUUCUAUAUACAGCAAAAUAUGGUAUGCCCAAUUUCAUAGAAAAGAUUCUAUUGGACUUAAAGAUACAGAGUAACAUCAGUGGAUCAAUAUUAGGUGAUUUUGGCAUUCUCCUUUUUCCAAUGGACAAGUUAUAUAAAGAGACAUCAGAAUUAAAUGACAUCAUAGACCAAAUGGACUUAACAGAUGUCUCUAGAAUAUUUGACCCAAAUAAUGAAAAAUAAAAAUUCAAUUCAGCAGCACAUAGAAUUUCUCGAAAAUAGAUUAUACCCUGGGAUAUAAAACAAAUAUUUACAAAUUCAUUGAAGAAUGAAAUACCUCUAUGUAUUCUAUAAGACCAUAAUUCAAUAAAACUUAAUUUGGUAGUAAAUGAAUACAUAUUAACAUAUAAACCCAGGAAGAUUAAAUAACUCUUUAUGAAUGAUGAAGUGGAGAAGGAAGAAAUCAAGAGAAGUAAGAAAAGGAAAAAGAAAAAAGAAAAAAUCUUCCCUGGAACAAAAUAAAAAGUAAAGAGCAAAAUCUCUGGGACACAUCAAAAACAAUACCAUGAAAAAGUAUUUAUAAUUCUAAGUCCUACAUUUGAAAACUAGAGCACAAAUAAAUGAAUUAAUAAUUUCACUCAAAAUUUUGGAAAAACCAAUCAAAACAAACUAAAUUUUAAUGUAGUCAAUCAUGAGAAAUAAUAAAAGUCAGAGCAGAAAACAAUGAAAUAUAAACAGUGAAAAUAAUAAAAAGAGUCAACAAAUCUAUUAGAUGGUUCUUUGAGAAGAUAAACCAGAUUUAGAGACCCUUGGCCUGUCUAAGCCAAUUAAAGACAGAAAGGACUUUAAUGGGAUCUGAAAUGAAUAGGGAAGUGUUGCAACAGAAACUAAAGCAAUCCAAAAUAAGGGGAUACUUAAAAGUGUGAACCCCAUUUAGCUGCAAGUUCAAAAGAAAUGUAUGAAUUUUAAGAUUCAGUCAAACAACCAAAGUUAUAGCAAGAAGUCAACAAUCUCAAUUAACCCAUAAAAAUUUGGAAAUUAAAGUAGUAAUACAAAGUCUUGUAGCUAAAAAUGUCCAGCACCUGAUAGAAUCACAGCAGAAUUGUACAGGCUUUCAAAAAUGAUCUAGGGCCAAUUGUUCUUAAACUAUUCAAAGAAAUAGGAACAGAAGGUUCAUCCCCAAACUCCUUCAAUGAAGCAAAGAUCACUCUAUUACUAAACAAGGUAAAGCCACAGUCAAUCUACAAGUCAAUACAAUGAUGAGUAUAGAUUCAAAAAAUUCAACAAAAUACUUGCAAACAGAAUACAGAGACCCAUCAAAAAGAUUAUCCACCACGACCACAUUGGCUUUAUUUAUUCUUGAAAAACCAGGGAAGUUCAAUAUAUGCAAGACAAUAAAUGUAAUAAAUCUCAUAGGCAGAUUUGAAGAAAAAAAGACCAUAUAUUGAGAUGAUGAAUAGAUGCAUCAAAAAACUGUGACAGAGUCUAUCAUAAGCUCAUUUUGAAUAUCCUAGAUAAAUUAUGAUGAGAGAGAAAAUAUAUUAACAUAAAAAAGCUAUAUAUGAGAAAGGCACAGUGAGCAUCAUAUUAAUUUGAGAACAACUUAAAGCAAUCUCAUCAAAAUCAGAAAUGAGACAGAGCUGUCCACUAUCCUCAGUCCUUUUCAAUACUGUGCUAGAAAUACUAGCUGGUGUAAAGCAAGAGAAAGAAAUUAAGAGGCUACAAAUAGGAAAAAAGAAAAGAAAAAAAUUUGCCAUUUGGAGAUGACAUGACAUUUUACAUAAGAGAUGCCAAAAAUUCUACCAGAAAACUACUACUAAAAACAAUAAAAUUCACUGAUAUACCAGGAUAUAAUAUGAACUUGCACAAAUCAAUCUUUUUUUGGUACACCAACAGCACAGAUAAGAGAUAGUUCAUGGGCAUGUUUCCACUCACAACAAUAUCAAAGAAAAAAAAUACUCGGGCAUAAAUAUAGCCAAGGAGGUCAAAGAACAUUACAAUGAGAAGUUUACAUGUCUAAAGGAAAAGAUAGAGAAUAGUAUAAAAUGGGAAGAUAUGCUCAUGACUUGGUAGAUUUAAUUUUGUGUGUUUGAUCAUUUAAUCGAAUGCUUUUUACACAUUCACUGCAACUUGAAUUAAAAUCCUUAACUCAUUUCUCAUAGAAAUAGGAAAAAAAACCUUAAAAGUCAUAUGAAACCAUAAAAUACCACAGAUAUCCCAAAACAAUGCUGAGCUAAAAGAACAAUGCUGGAGAAAUUAGCAAUUCAGAUUUCAAAGUAUUUCAAAGUAUGAGCCAAAGAAAACAUUGUACUGGCAUAAAAAAGAUAUGCAAACCAAUGCAAUAAAAUUUAAAUCAUGAAGAUGAGAGCAUGUAAUUUCAGUCAUUUAAUAUUUGACAUAGAUGUCAAAAAUAUACACUGGAGGAAAAAAUAUCUUAACCAAAUGGUGUGGGGACAAGUGGAUGUUGACAUGGAGAAGAAUGAAACUGAACCAUAUCAAUCAGCUUUCAAAACAACAACAACAACAACAACAAUGCCAUCUCCAAAACCCAAAAAACAAAACCAAAAAAAAAAAAAACAAAAAAAAAAAAACCCCAAAAAACUCUGAAACACUGAGGGGGCUGGAGAGAUGACUCAGAGGUUAAGAACACUGAAUGCUCUUCCUGAGGUCCUGAGUUCAAUUCCCAGCAACUGCAUGGUGGCUUACAACCAUAUGUAAUGGGAUCUGAUGCUCUCUUCUGGUGUGUCUGACAAGAGCGACAGUGUACUCAUACAAAUAAAAUAAAUAAAUCUUAAAACAAAACAAGAAAACCACUGAAAUACUGAAACUGUUAGAAGAAAACAUAGUGCCCUCUAACAUGUAGAUGUUGGAAUGCUCUUAGAGGAGGAUGUAUGGAGACUGUAAGAAUAUGAGCCCACUUGCCCAAGAAUUAAUGUUAACAGCAGUCAAGUGUUCCUCCAUAAAACUCAAAAGCUUCUCCUGGCAUGGUGGCACACACCUUUAAUCCCAGCACUUGGGAGGCAGAGGCAGGCAAAUUUCUGAGUUUGAGGCCAGGCUGGUCUACAGAGUGAGUUCCAGGACAGCCAGGGCUGAGAAACCCUGACUUGAAAAAAACAAAAACAAAAACAAAAAACCCUCAAAAGCUUCUAUACAGCAAUUCCACAACAAAAAACACAAAGCAAAUUCUACAACAAAACACAAGCAUGUGUACACACACACACACACACACAUUCCUUUGCUUAAAUUGUAAUUCUAUUAGUUUUUAAGUUGUGAAACAUGGGCCAAUUGCUCACUUCUCACUAUAAAUUCAAUUUGCAAAUAUACAAAAUGAAUACUUGCCAAGUCUGUUGCCCAGAAAUUGUGUCAAAAGGCAAGUUGAACUGGAACAACGUGUGUGUGUGUGUGUGUGUGUGUGUGUGUGUGUGUGUGUGUGUCUUUUAUCCAUGGAUUCAAAGGAAGCUGGGUUGGGGCUGGUAGCUUGGCCCAUUCUAGGAGCUUAGGUGGGGUAGGAAAAGAUACAAGCAACACAUUAGCACUUCAGAAACUUGCUGUUAACUACUCAAAUUUAUAUAGAUGUGAUCAGCAUCCUAAACAAAAUAAAUAAAAGCAACAGAAAAUAUGUUGCUAAGAAUGAUAUCUGUCUUACUACAGUCAAAAUGUUUGGUCCUUGUAUGCUAAUAGACUAGGUUAAUACUACAAAACAAAAAUGUAAGCUUUAAUAAUAGAGUUCUGCAGCAGUGGUAAGAGUUAACAAAUAAAAGAUCAUUUCAGCAAUAGAAUUUUGUAUUCUGCAUAUAUCAGUGUCAAGUAAGACAUUGCCUUUAAAUGAAGUAUUAUAUUCAUAAUUAUUGAUUAACCAGAUGCCUUUUUAAAAAAGACUUAUUUAUUUAUUUUAUGUAUACAAGUAUACUGUUGGCUAUUAGCCCUUUCUUGGAUGUAGGGUUGGUAAAAAUCUUUUCCCAAUCUGUAGGUUGCUGUUUUGUCCUGUUGACAGUAUCCUUUGCCUUACAGAAGCUUUUCAAUGUUAUGAGAUUUCAUUUGUCAAUAUUUGAUCUGUCCAUAGAGCCAGAGGCAUUGGUGCUCUGUUAAGGACAUUUUCUCCCGACCAUUUUUUUGUGUUGAGGAUUUAUACGUUUUCUGAUCAUUUUAUCCUAGCUCAGGAGUAGCAUAUAAGUAUUAGUUGACACCCAGAAAACCAUACAAGUGCUCAACGGUUCUAAAAAACUUUUACAGGCCUGAUUUCCUCUUUAACCGAUUUACUGAAGAUAUGUACAGAGAUUUUCUUGUAUUGUUUUACAAGGCUCAGGUUGUUCUGAGUAAAUAAAUAGUAGACACUAAGCUUGUUUAAAGAAUGAAUAUGCUUAUACAGUUGCAUGGUUCUUUUACAUUUGAAAUGAGAAAAUAUUUCAAACUAUUGAGGCUCAUUUAGACCUUAUUACACACCUAGAUACCAAGUAGCCUUUCCUAGAAAGUGUGUCUGAAAAAUGAAAAAAUAUUAUGAAAAGUAUACAAAUAUGUUGGCAGGAAUCAUUCAUGGUAAUAAUUUUUAGCAUAAAUAUUGACUUCUCAACCUCUCUUUGAGAUAGUCUCUUUUUAUAGUGAGGCCUGCCAUAGAACUCAAGAUUUUCCUGCCUAUGUUGGGGUUUCAGGCAUGUACCUUUAUGUCUAGCAUUAAUGUUUCUAAAUUUUAAAAAUGAUAAAUCAAAAUACAUGAAGUCCUGAACAUCAGAGGCCCAUAUAAGAAUACAUAUUGAACAUUAAGUAAAUAAUUUCUUCAGAUUGUUAAGAGAAAUUAGUAUUCUCCAUGAUCUCCAUAUAGAACUUGACUGGCACUUGGAUAUGUAUUUCCUUUAAACUUUUAAGCUUUUUAGAAGUCUGGGCUGCUGGCUACAUUUUGAUAAUUCACAUGACUAGACCAUGACCUUUCAUUUUCAGACUUUUAUUUAGGAGUGAAUAGCUGAAAGCGUCUUCACAUGCUGCAACAGUUUAUGUACUUUACUUUUCUUAGCAGUCUAAUGAUUUUCAGUUUUGGUUUUGUAUUUAAAUAGUUUGCAAAGAUAACUCUUUAAAGGGUUACAUUUAUUACUGGCCCCUUUCAUAUAAUACAAUGGUAUUCCAAAUGAGGAUCUUUAAUGGAUGGAGAAAAAAAAAGAAUAGAAAAAAUUUAAAGUAUCUUAAAAUCUGAUAUAACAGUUGCACUUAUUAUUUAUCCUGUAAUAGUUUACACACACACACGCCUAUUAUUUUUUAAUUUUAAAAAAUUGCAAGCCUUUAAUCCCAGCAUUCAGAAAGCGAAUCUCUGAAUUCAAAGCCAGCCUGGUCUACAGAGUGGGUUCCAGGACAGCCAGGGCUUCACAGAGAAAUCUGUCUUGAAAAACCAAUAAUAAAAAUAUUUUUUAUAGUGGGGAGAUCUUUCAUAUAUAUAUGAUGUGUAUAUAUAUAUACACACACAUACACACACAUUAUAGGAGCUGUAAUAAACAGAAAAGCACAUUAAUACAUGUGAUUGUUACAUUUUGAGCACUAGAUGAUUAAGGCUUACUAAGUUGCAAGCCAGGAAAUAACAUGUCAGCUAGUCUUUAUAAUAAUUUAGUGUCAAAAUCAUUAACAACAAACCUAAGUUAAACCCUCACUCCGGUACCAACAAGUCACAUGGCUCUAACAGGGUUCGGGUGUUCUGUAAAUCAAAAUUAGUCUCUAUCCACGUGUGAUCAAGCAAGGCGGUUUCUUCUCAGUUGACAUCUACUGGAAGACAACACAGGAGGGGCUGGGCUUUUACCUACUAGUCUGGUAAGCCAGUGACAUAUCAUGUUCUGGCAGAGGCUGAUGGCCUUGUUUGCUGAAAGGUUGCCCAAUCUCAACGCCUGAAUCCUUUACUCGGACAGUUCGGAUGAAAAGUCGUAAGGGUCAGCUCUAGCAACAAAACGCUUCUAUGCCUCCUCGUGCCGCCAGUAGGCUACACCCUCUUGGCCUAUUCGUCCCUCUGACUCCUGGGCUUUGCUAGGCUGGGUAGACCUGUCCGCUCUCGCGAGUACACCGAAGCACACUGGUCUAUAGAUUGAGUAAAAGGAGCAGAGGCUAAAAACACCAAGCCUCUCUCAGCCCAGUCUCAAGAUGGCGACGAUGCUGGCCAGCUUCCACCCAGCCCAAGGCCAUCUCCCCUUCCCAAAGGCCCCUGCGCCGCAGGCGAAGGCGAGCUAGAGGAGGGCCCCACAGAGCUGCGAUCGGGGCGGGGCAGAGCCCGUCGCCAUCCCACGCACGCGCAACCCCGCCUCGCAUCCCGCCUCCGGACUCCGAGCCCUCGCCCGGCAGGGUUGGCGCGCGCUGCCUGUCGGGAUACUCGGUCCGCCCACCUAGUCCUCUCGUCCAGUGCUGCGUUCGCGAGAUCCGUAUUUCUCCCAAGAUGGUGGCGCUCCUCUUUGGGUGACUCCAGGAGACGACAGGGCCUUUCGUCUUUGCCAGCACCUCGUCGCCCCUCCUGCGCUCGCUCUCUCGCUCGCGCACCGGGCCACGCAGCUGUUCACCGCCUCGUUACGCUUCUCUUCCGUCGACCUGUCGCUGACGGUGGCGCCUCCUUCUGCUUCUCUUCGGAGUUGCUCGCCGCCCUCGCCCCCCACUGUGGACAGAUCGCGACAGCAGCGCUUCAGCGCCGACUUCAAGGUUGCCCAGGCGCCUGGCCUCUCGGCCUCGGUUUCCUGAGGAGAAGCGCGGGUCCCGCAUGAGACCCGGCGGUGGCGCCAGCGAAAGGGAACGAGGCGGUGGCGGGCGGCGGCGGUGGACGAGGGCGACAAGGACCAGUGAGGCGGCCGCAGCUGCGAGGGCCGCAGCCCACGCGCGGGGGCGAGGACAGGUUAAAAAAUCUCUCUAAGAGCCUGAUUUUAGAGUUCACCAGCUCCUCAGAAGUUUGGCGAAAUAUGAAUUAUUAAGCCUACGUUCAGAUCAAGUUAGCAGCUAGACUGGUGUGACAACCUGUUUUUAAUCAGUGACUCAAAGCUGUUAUCACCCUGAUGUCACCGAAUGGCCACAGCUUGUAAAAGAUCACCAGGAGAAUCCCAGUCUGAGGACAUUGAAGCUAGCCGAAUAUACAUGUGACUGGGCAUAUGUUUUGGUGUGUUUAGAGUUCAGAGGACAACUUGUGGUAAUUAGUUCUCUCCUUUCACCAAGUUGGAUACAGGGAUCAAACUUGAGUCAUCAGGCUUGGCCUUUGUACACUAUGCAUGGAAGCGAGCAGCUGCAAAGCAUCUAAUAGAACGCUACUACCAUCAGUUAACUGAGGGCUGUGGAAAUGAGGCCUGCACGAAUGAGUUUUGUGCUUCCUGUCCAACUUUUCUUCGUAUGGAUAACAAUGCAGCAGCUAUUAAAGCCCUUGAGCUUUAUAAAAUUAAUGCAAAACUCUGUGAUCCUCAUCCCUCCAAGAAAGGAGCAAGCUCAGCUUACCUUGAGAACUCAAAAGGUGCAUCUAACAACUCAGAGAUAAAAAUGAACAAGAAGGAAGGAAAAGAUUUUAAAGAUGUGAUUUACCUAACUGAAGAGAAAGUAUAUGAAAUUUAUGAAUUUUGUAGAGAGAGUGAGGAUUAUUCCCCUUUAAUUCGUGUAAUUGGAAGAAUAUUUUCUAGUGCUGAGGCACUGGUUCUGAGCUUUCGGAAAGUCAAACAGCACACAAAGGAGGAAUUGAAAUCUCUUCAAGAAAAGGAUGAAGACAAGGAUGAAGAUGAAAAGGAAAAAGCUGCAUGUUCUGCUGCUGCUAUGGAAGAAGACUCAGAAGCAUCUUCUUCAAGGAUGGGUGAUAGUUCACAGGGAGACAACAAUGUACAAAAAUUAGGUCCUGAUGAUGUGACUGUGGAUAUUGAUGCUAUUAGAAGGGUCUACAGCAGUUUGCUCGCUAAUGAAAAAUUAGAAACUGCCUUCCUGAAUGCACUUGUAUAUCUGUCACCUAACGUGGAAUGUGAUUUGACAUAUCAUAAUGUGUAUACUCGAGAUCCUAAUUAUCUCAAUUUGUUCAUUAUUGUAAUGGAGAAUAGUAAUCUCCACAGUCCUGAAUAUCUGGAAAUGGCGUUGCCAUUAUUUUGCAAAGCUAUGUGUAAGCUACCCCUUGAAGCUCAAGGAAAACUGAUUAGGCUGUGGUCUAAAUACAGUGCUGACCAGAUUCGGAGAAUGAUGGAAACAUUUCAGCAACUUAUUACCUACAAAGUCAUAAGCAAUGAAUUUAAUAGCCGAAAUCUAGUGAAUGAUGAUGAUGCCAUUGUUGCUGCUUCAAAGUGUUUGAAAAUGGUUUACUAUGCAAAUGUAGUGGGAGGGGAUGUGGACACAAAUCAUAAUGAGGAAGAUGAUGAAGAACCCAUACCUGAGUCCAGCGAAUUAACACUUCAGGAGCUUCUGGGAGAUGAAAGAAGAAAUAAGAAAGGUCCUCGAGUGGAUCCACUAGAAACCGAACUUGGCGUUAAAACUCUAGACUGUCGAAAACCACUUAUCUCCUUUGAAGAAUUCAUUAAUGAACCACUGAAUGAUGUUCUAGAAAUGGACAAAGAUUAUACCUUUUUCAAAGUUGAAACAGAGAACAAAUUCUCUUUUAUGACAUGUCCCUUUAUAUUGAAUGCUGUCACAAAGAAUCUGGGAUUAUAUUAUGACAAUAGAAUUCGCAUGUACAGUGAAAGAAGAAUCACUGUUCUUUACAGCCUAGUUCAAGGACAGCAGUUGAAUCCGUAUUUGAGACUCAAAGUCAGACGUGACCAUAUUAUAGAUGAUGCACUGGUCCGGCUAGAGAUGAUUGCUAUGGAAAAUCCUGCAGACUUGAAGAAGCAGUUGUAUGUGGAAUUUGAAGGAGAACAAGGAGUAGAUGAGGGAGGCGUUUCCAAAGAGUUUUUUCAGUUGGUUGUGGAGGAAAUUUUUAAUCCAGAUAUUGGUAUGUUCACAUAUGAUGAAGCUACGAAAUUAUUUUGGUUUAAUCCAUCUUCUUUUGAAACUGAGGGUCAGUUUACUCUGAUUGGCAUAGUCCUGGGUCUGGCUAUUUACAAUAAUUGUAUACUGGAUGUCCAUUUUCCCAUGGUUGUAUACAGGAAGCUAAUGGGGAAAAAAGGAACCUUUCGUGACUUGGGAGACUCUCACCCAGUUUUAUAUCAGAGUUUAAAGGAUUUAUUGGAAUAUGAAGGGAGUGUGGAAGAUGAUAUGAUGAUCACUUUCCAGAUAUCACAGACAGAUCUUUUUGGUAACCCAAUGAUGUAUGAUCUAAAAGAAAAUGGUGAUAAAAUUCCAAUUACAAAUGAAAACAGGAAGGAAUUUGUCAAUCUCUAUUCAGACUACAUUCUCAAUAAAUCUGUAGAAAAACAAUUCAAGGCAUUUCGCAGAGGUUUUCAUAUGGUGACUAAUGAAUCGCCCUUAAAAUACUUAUUCAGACCAGAAGAAAUUGAAUUGCUUAUAUGUGGAAGCCGGAAUCUAGAUUUCCAGGCACUAGAAGAAACUACAGAGUAUGACGGUGGCUAUACGAGGGAAUCUGUUGUGAUUAGGGAGUUCUGGGAAAUUGUUCAUUCGUUUACAGAUGAACAGAAAAGACUCUUUCUGCAGUUUACAACAGGCACAGACAGAGCACCUGUUGGAGGACUAGGAAAAUUGAAGAUGAUUAUAGCCAAAAAUGGCCCAGACACAGAAAGGUUACCUACAUCUCAUACUUGCUUUAAUGUCCUUUUACUUCCGGAAUAUUCAAGCAAAGAAAAACUUAAAGAGAGAUUGUUGAAGGCCAUCACAUAUGCCAAAGGAUUUGGCAUGCUGUAAACAAAAAGAAAAAGAAAAAGAAAAAGAAAAAGUUAAAAAAUAAAUAUAAGAGGGAUAAUUUGAUGGUAAUAGUAUCCCAGUACAAAAAGGCUGUAAGAUAGUGAACCACAGUAGUCAUCUAUGUCUGUGCCUCCCUUCUUCAUUGGGGACAUUGUGGGCUGGAACAGCAGAUUUCAGCUGCAUAUAUGAACAAAUCCUUUAUUAUUAUUAUAAUUAUUUUUUUGCGUGAAAGUGUUACAUAUUCUUUCACUUGUAUGUACAGAGAGGUUUUCUGAAUAUUUAUUUUAAGGGUUAAAUCACUUUUGCUUGUGUUUAUUACUGCUUGAGGUUGAGCCUUUUUGAGUAUUUAAGAUAUAUAUACCAACGAAACUAUUCUCGCAAGGAAAACAUUGCCACCAUUUGUAGAACAUGUAAUCUUCAAGUAUGUGCUAUUUUUUGUCCCUGUAUCUAAGUCAAAUCAGGAACUUUUUUCUAACAAUUUGCUUUUGAAACUUGAAGUCAAGGAAACAGUGUGGUGCAAGUACUGCUGUUCUAGCCCCCAAAGAGUUUUCUGUACAAAAUUUUGAGAACCAAUAAAGAUGGAAGGGAGAACUUGGAAUGUUUGAACCACAGCCCUCAGAACUUUAGUAACAGCACAACAAAUUAAAACAACUCAUGCCACAGUAUGUUGUCUUCAUGUGUCUUGCAAUGAACUGUUUCAGUAGCCAAUCCUCUUAGUAUAUGAAAGGACAGGGAUUUUUUUUUUGUUUUUGUUGUUGUUGUUGUUGUUGUUGUUUUUGUUGUUGUUGUUGUUUUUGUUGUUUAAGUUUACUGGGGAAAGUGCAUCUGGCCAAAUGAUAGGAUAGUCAAGCCUAUUGCAACAAAAUUAGGAAGUUUGUUGUAUAAAUAAGCAUGUAAAAGUGCACUUAAAAUGAAUCUUUAUUAUUGCUGAGAUUUUAAUAGACAAUCCAAAGUCUCCCCUUCUGUUGCCGUCAUCUUGUUUAAUCAACCAUUUUUCAAGGCACUCGAUCAGUGUUGCAGCAUAACAGAAAGUACAGCUACUGUGCCUUGUGUUACUUAUUUACACAGUUAGCAGGCCUGGAAAUGAAUGGAACUAGUACUCCUGAGAAAUAAAUUGUAUAUCCCCCAAAUUAAAAUUUACUUCAAAGGUGUUAAAGAUUUCAUGUCCUAUAUUAAAGUACAAAUAGGCUUAAAUUACUGGAUAUUUAAUGUAGUUUCCCAUCCCUAGUCUUCUAUGUCUGUGAUGUUAAUUUCUUUUGUUGCAUAACAAAAUAAAAGAAUUAUGUAUUUUUAACUAAGGAGAGACAUACUGGUAUAUCAUUUUACUACAAGCUACAGAUAACCUGUUGAGCUUGUGCCUUGAUUGUUUUAACAACUAGUGCAAAUCAACCUGAUGAUUUUAAUUGGCAGGGGAUAAUGGUAGCUUUCAAAUCAUUGGAAGGGGAAAAGGAUGUCUUAGGAUUAUUUUCUUUCUUGUAGUAGUUGAGACAGAGCUCUUAUUUACUGUAAUGCUAAAUGAAACAGUGGCUUAAAUAUUUUAAUGGGAAAAGAGAACACAGUGCGUUCCAUAUUGUGAUAAGGUAACGUGAGGUUUUUUUGUUUUGUUUUGUUUUCUUUUUUUUUUUUCUGAGCUAGCCUUUAGAACACUGUUGUGGUAUGUAUGCUACCUUGAUUAUAGGACCCCCUAAAUGUGACUAUAGUCAUCUUAAUGGGCAUCUUGUCCACUGUGCUUCUUAUGUAUUAUGAAAGUGAUAAGAAGACAAAUUAAGUGGGUAUAUUUUAUAAAAUAAAUUCAUGAAGAGA